AAUACAAGAGCAACAAUGUGGCCGUUUAUUCCAUCCAAGGCAGGAGAGAUCACAUGGAGGAUCGAUUUGAAGUCCUUACUGAUCUGGUCAAUAAAAGUCAUCCUUCUAUUUUCGGGAUAUUUGAUGGACACGGAGGAGAGCUCAACAACGAAGAAUAGCAGAGAGGCCACCUGGAUAGGUGAGAUACUCUCUCAAGUGCACUGUCUCACCAAGCUGGAGGAGAUGAUCCACCUCCUCAUGUGAAGCCUCAUGGAGAGGCAGUAUGAAGUGUGCCAGGAUAUGAGGAUAUCUCUUCUGUUUACCCCUUCACUACAACAUCAGGACCAAGUGGAAACAAGGAGAUGAAGGAACAGGAAGGAAGGAAAAGAGAGGAGGAACUUGAUGAGGAUGAGCACAGUGCGUCAUUGCACCUGAUCACACAGCACCAUCUCAGAGACUGGCACUGCGGGGAUGAGAAAAGUAGGUUAGAGGGGCAUUCGACUGGUAGAGGUGCCAGGUCUGAGCAGGGCACUGUCUUUCAGAAGAGGCAUAGGAAUCUGAUGUGGGUACUCCCGAGGUUGAAGCAGUUGGAGGGAGAUGGUUUACACAUCAAUACUUCCCCCAGAAGACUCAAGUGAAAACUACAUUUGGGAUACUUUAAUGAGAAAGCUGAUACAGAUGAACAGUGAGGCGGUGGGAACAUUGUCAGGCUUACCUAUUCAAAUUUAGGAUACAACAGGAAGCUUGUCCUCACAGGGGAGAUUUAGGUACAUUCUUCCCAUCAUUUAUCUUGGUGUACUCAGUUAUUUCAGGGCUUUAAAAUAAACCUUUUGACUUCAGUUGAAGGAGUUUAGAUUUUACUAGCAUGAAGUACAUCUCCUUACCCAUUGCAUAGCAGCCUGCACAAUAUAUUGUGAUGUACAUUAUUGUCAGUUGCAUUGCCGUAAGUAUCUACCAUUGGCACUGAUCAGCUUGUCAGAGCAUGAAAGAUUUUGUUCCUUGUUAGCAUCUGCAGAUCGGAAUUGCGCCAAGUUUUUUUUGUUUCAUCUGGAGGUUGGAGUGAUUUAAACAGAAAACCAUUCACCAAGAUAAACAGAGAUGUUGUGCCAAGGCAUUUUAGUAGCAACAACAGGGAUUGUAAAUCAUUGUGGUAGUCCCACAAAGCAGCAAAUAUGGAAUAUUGUGUGUCUUUUGGAUUCUCACUCAUGCUUUUUGGUGUACUGUGAUCAUGUUGUUACGAGAAUACACAUAAAAUUAAGAUGUUUGCUGGCCUGGGCUAGCAUCAGUGGCAUCAGCAGUUGGUCUGCCACCUGCCCUCAGGGGAAGGAGAGAUAAGGAACAAUGGAGCAGCGUCUGGAGAUGUGUAAUGAAGGGACGUGGGAGAGAGAGAGAGCUGUCUGGAGCGGCUCCCCCCUUUGAACCCUGAACUGUUUGAAGUGAUGGACAGGCGAUACCCCAGCAGGGGGAUAAAAAGGGACCGGUUCGCUAAGGCAGACACACGCCACCCGAGGUAACGAGACCCUGGAAGCGGUGCGCCUCUCACGAGUGGGUGAGAAGUAUCAGACAACGACCAGGGUGGAAAGGUACGAUCAGCGGGAACCCGGUGUGUGUCCGCCCUUGCCUGGGUGCCGGGUUCACUGCAGAGGAUCGACCGCAUCUGGAGGAGGGGUCACAGUCGGUGACCUCAGGUGACAUCACCAAGGACCCGCCCAAAAAGCUGCUUGUGAGCCAUCCCGCCGGUCUGUGAGUGAAGCAGUGUUCUGAAUGAUCAGUUGUUCCUGCUCUAUCUCUCUCUUCCCCCACCUUGUCCAUCGCCAUGGCAACGAUUACUGCGAACUGAACUUUGAGUCACUUUGAAAUUUGGUCAUUUACCCCUAGAUAACGAUAGAGCUUGAUUGAUGCUGUUAUCUUAAUUCUGUGCACAUGUGUGGUUAACAUUGCUGAACUGUUGCAUUUAUUAUCCUUUCGAUUACUGUGUUGCUUGUUUCUUUAAUAAAACUUUCUUAGUUCUAGUAAUCCAGACUCCAACUGAGUGAUCCAUUUCUGCUGGUUUGGCAACCCAGUUACGGGGUACGUAACAUAAGUGGGGUUCUCGUCCGCGAUUUUGAACGCUAAAUUUGGGACGGAGUAAAUUGAUUGGGUUAAAAUUCCCGAAAGAAAGAAAAGACAAACAGCAGAAAUGGAGGUUGAGGAAUUUAUAAAGGCGCCGACCUUGGAGGCAUUAGAGGAUGCCAGGAAAUCGGAAUUGAUAGCUGUGGCAAAACGGUUGAAUCUUUCUAAGGUGAAGUCGACAAUGAGGAGAGAGGAGAUACACAGAGCUAUUGUAGAGCACUAUGUAUCUAAAGGUGUGUUUCCCCAAGGUGAGCUGGGGGUGGUGUCUAUUGAAAAACCUGCUGGAGACGCGGUACAGGUGCAGCUUGAAAAACUGAGACUCGAGCACGAGUUCCGGGUACGGCAGUUAGAACACGAAGAGAAGAAGAGAGAGUUAGAAAGGCAAGAGAGAGAAAGACAGUUAGAGAGAGAGGAGAAAGAGAGGCAAUGGGAGCGAGAAGAGAGAGGGAAACAGAGGGAAAGGGAAUUUGAGCUGGAAAAGUUAAGGAUAAGGGCCGAGCAGGGGCUCGUGCCGAACCAAGGUGGAGGGUUCCGGGCGACCCAGGAGGUUAGGCUGGUUCCCCCAUUUGACGAUACCGACGUGGAUCGGUACUUCCGCCAUUUCGAGAAAGUGGCUAUAAGUCAGGACUGGCCGAGGGAUAAGUGGGUUGUUUUACUUCAGAGUGUACUGAAAGGGAAGGCCCAAGAAGCUUACUCCGCUUUGUCCGCGGAAGAUGCCCAGAGGUAUGAGGUGGUGAAAGAGGCCAUCCUCAGGAUUUAUGAGUUGGUCCCGGAGGCAAACCGGCAGAGGUUCCGGAAUGCGAGGAAGCAGUGGGACCGCACGUAUUUGGAGUUUGCUCGUGAGAUGCAAACAUAUUGUGAGCGUUGGUGCGCCUCGAAAGGGGUAGAGGGGGAUUAUGACAGACUGCUGCAGCUGAUUCUGAUUGAGCAGUUUAAAGGUUGUGUCCCUGAGGGUAUGAGACCCUACCUCGAUGAGAAAGAGGCAGCCACGUUAGCCGCAACUGCUAAGUUAGCGGAUGAGUAUGCGUUGACGCAUAAAAUGAAGUUUGCCCCGAGUAAAGGCUACCAGAAGGGUAGUCAGGACGGAGGGGAGAGUCCGCCGGAAAAGUCAGAAAGUAAGCCGGGGACUAGUGAAAAGGAUCAGGUAGACCGGGAGCAGUCUGGUCGGAAGUCUCCUGGGGUCGUCUGUUAUAAUUGUGGGAAAGUCGGACACUUUGCGUCCAGGUGCUUUGCCCCAAAGAAGGAGACGGGAAAAGGAAAAGUGGAAAUUUUGAAUGGCUGUAUCAAGCUGUUAAGCGAACCGCUAGGGAAGGACAGGUCUGAAAAAGUCCAGGAAGGGCGCGAGAGGUUUAUCUCGGCCGGAUUGGUGUCAGUGAAGGAGGGGUUAAAACCAGUUCCAGUGCGGAUCUGGAGAGACACGGGAGCGUGUCAGUCACUAAUACUGAAGAGUUUAUUAGAGUUUAGCUCAGAGACCCAGACUGGGGAGGUAGAGGUCAAAGGUGUUGGGGAAGGGACAGAGUCAGUCCCUUUGCACCAGAUACACUUACAGAGCAACCUGGUCUCUGGACUAGUCACGAUCGGGGUGAGGUCCGAAUUACCGAUGAAAGACGUGGAAGUUUUGCUCGGUAAUGACAUCGCCGGGGGAAUCGUGUUCCCAGUCGUGAGAUUGACAGGUCAGCCUGCCAACAGUGAGGCCCCGCCCAUGGACUCACAGGUUUAUCAUAGGGCUGCGGUAGUGAAUUUAGCUGUGGUGGUAAAUUUGGCUGAAACGUUUCUGCCAACCUUGUAUGAGACAGGGUGUAGUGAGAUAAGAGGUAGUGAGGGAGCUGGGACGGACGUAGCAGUAGCCAGGAAAGAAUUUGUGCAGACGCAGGAGCGAGACGAGGGGCUGAUGGUUUUGGCAGAGACCGCUCUCUCUGACACAGCCUUGACAAGCUAUUGUGCGGAGGAGGAAGUGCUAAGGAAGAAAGGGAAAUCAAGUACAGUACCCGCAGAUGAGGAAUGGGGGGUGGUGCAAAAGAGUUAUGGGGAUGAGGUUUUUAACAUGGCCCACGAGGUACGCCCCGGUGGACAUUUUGCGGUGCUGGAGGAAACAGUUGGUGGAAUCAUGAAAGAGAGUUACGGCUGCCCAGGGGGAAAAAUGUUAUUGAUCAUGACCGACGCGAACUGAGACGGUCACCGGCUUUUGAUAUGCUAACAAACCUAGUCGGUGUUAGCGUGGAAAUCAAUGAAGCUAGGGGCCCCCUGAUAAGAGGAAAAAACCAUUUUGAAAAGAUUAGGAUGGGAUCGGUCAGAUGGGAGAAGGCUAUUGUUUUGGCCAGGUCUACUGAUAAGGUCUCUCCCUUAAUCCCCGAACAAAGCGAAUCUUUAGAAGGAGUAAUUAAACGACUCGCAGCCAUGUGUUUGAUUGUCCCGAGGAAAUGCAAAGAACUGGGACGUUGGGUGAUUGUGGUUACAAUAGGGCAGCCAAGUAAACAACACCCAUAUUUUUUGAGUAAUUCAGUGACUAAAGGGCUGAUGAACACAGAGGUGUGUAUUGGCAAGUUAAUACGGCUGUCUGAAGCCAGUUUGAUAGUGAACCUUGAAAAAAAUGAAUUCGGCCACACGAGGGUCACUUACCUGGGAAUUGUGGUGACACAGGAGCAGCUGGCAGCGAUGCAAGCUACAAUGCAGGCUAUCGCUGACCUCCCAACCCCGACAGACAAGAGGGCCCUCAGAAGACUCUUGGAGAUGGUGGGGUACUGCAGGAAGUUUUGCAAUAACUCUGUGGUCAAUACCCGUCCCCCUCCUACUAAGCCCUUGCGAGAGAAAAUUGAGUCGGAAUGGGACGACCCUUGUUGUUGUGGUCCGGGACAAAACCAAAUGAGAGGUUACAUUGGUCGCAAUUCAUCAGUGUUUUUGGCCACUAUGAAGUUUGCUGAGUUGGAGCCUGGUCUAAGGGAUUAUUAAUAACACGUGUAAAAGGAACAGAAAAUGUGAUGACUGUCUGUCAAGGUGUUGACAGCUUCAAACUCGCUGUGUUAGCCAAAUAGCUGAUAAAGAUAUAUAUUGUGUAUGUAUCAAAUAAUGUAGUCAUGUUUGUAAUUUUUACCUCCCGGUAAAAAUCCUUAAAGGGGGGAAGUGUUACGAGAAUACACAUAAAAUUAAGAUGUUUGCUGGCCUGGGCUAGCAUCAGUGGCAUCAGCAGUUGGUCUGCCACCUGCCCUCAGGGGAAGGAGAGAUAAGGAACAAUGGAGCAGCGUCUGGAGAUGUGUAAUGAAGGGACGUGGGAGAGAGAGAGAGCUGUCUGGAGCGGCUCCCCCCUUUGAACCCUGAACUGUUUGAAGUGAUGGACAGGCGAUACUCCAGCAGGGGGAUAAAAAGGGACAGGUUCGCUAAGACAGACACACGCCACCCGAGGUAACGAGACCCUGGAAGCGGUGCGCCUCUCACGAGUGGGUGAGAAGUAUCAGACAACGACCAGGGUGGAAAGGUACGAUCAGCGGGAACCCGGUGUGUGUCCGCCCUUGCCUGGGUGCCGGGUUCACUGCAGAGGAUCGACCGCAUCUGGAGGAGGGGUCACAGUCGGUGACCUCAGGUGACAUCACCAAGGACCCGCCCAAAAAGCUGCUUGUGAGCCAUCCCGCCGGUCUGUGAGUGAAGCCGUGUCUGAAUGAUCAGUUGUUCCUGCUCUAUCUCUCUCUUCCCCCACCUUGUCCAUCGCCAUGGCAACGAUUACUGCGAACUGAACUUUGAAUCACUUUGAAAUUUGGUCAUUUACCCCUAGACAACGAUAGAGCUUGAUUGAUGCUGUUAUCUUAAUUCUGUGCACAUGUGUGGUUAACAUUGCUGAACUGUUGCAUUUAUUAUCCUUUCGAUUACUGUGUUGCUUGUUUCUUUAAUAAAACUUUCUUAGUUCUAGUAAUCCAGACUCCAACUGAGUGAUCCAUUUCUGCUGGUUUGGCAACCCAGUUACGGGGUACGUAACAAUGUUUAUGGAAGGUACUUGUACAGGGUCACUUGUUUUGAUAGGGAGACUCACUGAGGCCCAUAAGAAUUAUUGUUCAAAAGUAAACCAGUUAUGAGAUAUUGCCUCCCUUCUUUGCUCAGCAGGAUGCUGAAGCUCAUGAUAUUGAAAAGGAAUCUCCUCCAGAGCUUUAUUUGUCCUGGUGCUCCUGUUGAUUUUCUAAUUGUGGUUUUUGAUGCUCAGUAUGUGGGGUUUCUGACUAGUGAAUCAGUUGUUCUCUCCGGUUGGCCAGGUUAUGCAGCCUGCACCACACCACAGGAAGACCCUCCAUCAGUUAGGCAAAUUCAGCCCUGGACUGCUGACAACACUGUAGUCUCAUUUUCAGCAUAAUAGUAGUAUUCUACACUACUACUCUUCUUCUUUUGAAUUGGCACUCAGCUAGAAUGGGAGGAGAACAAAGUGAUGUCGAUACCAACUGGAUAGAAUAACCUUUGUUCCCCCUUUAUUGGCAGUGUUGUUCAUUAAGAAGGCUGGCAAAAUGGAUUCCUUGAUAAUGAUUAAGUUGGGGAGCUGCCAGGAAAAGUGGAAGUGGUGUGUGAAUAUUCUUCUUUGAUACACAGCAACUUGCACAUCAGGAAGAAACCCUAUAAAACUAGAUUCUUCCAGGGAGCCUUCAUGAAACAUGAGUGUACUAGAUGGCUGCUUGCACCUUGGGAAAGACAACAAUCCUGGAAAAUCCCUGUGCACGAGAUGUUGCCUUCUAUUCUUCACAAAAACCAAAGGCCACAAAGUUGUUCCUCUAUGUAUACAAAGCCUGGAUGACUUCUCUCCUGCUCUGAUGGGUAAUAAACUGAGAGAUAUGCUAAAGCUCUCUAACAGCCACCAGACGCCUGGAAAUUGAAAGCAGUUGACCUCCACGGUAAGAGUGCGCCAUACCCAAAGGUCACCCUACUAAAUGUCGAAGAUCUCAUUUAUCACAUCUUGACAACCUGAGCUAAUAUUGCUCAUUUGAGAGGACCAGGCAUGAUCCCCUAUCUGUAAAGACCCUUUGGGAGCAAGGAUCUGAGGACAUCGGUAUAACUGUGACCUGUGUGCUGACUGUGACCCUCCCAGAUUUGCCUACAAUACUUGCAAAGCUUCCAGUAAUAAAAAUGUUGCUAGCAUUGAAGUAUCCAUCAACAAGUCGCUCAGCUGUUAAAGGUUGCAAGGAGCACACACUACUGGUUUGAGUACACUCUGAGGACUCUGGGAGAUGUUUCAAACGUCUACAAUCUAUUCUGGUAUCAUCUUACGAUGUGUUUCAAUGACAGGAGAAUAGUCCAUUAAUCUACAAAUAAAUUAAGAAUGCUGCAGGUUUUAAUCAUUAUUCUGAAGUGACAUUCUUCAAUGUCACUUCGAGGAACUUCCAAUGUAUGUCAGACCAGUUAUAAUUGUGCUGUGUAAUGAUUGACAUCACGAAGUUCACAAGUAAUGCUGGAAGAAUGUCAAGUGCAUUAACAGGGAUCAUGAAUGAAGGUGAAGGUGCAACUCAUUUUGCAAUGAGUAUAAUUUCAUCUAGAAAUUAUAAUUUACAUUCAGCAAACCCAAUUUCUGAAAGAAGCAUCACCAAAUAAUCUAAUUCCUUGGUUCAAGUCUCUGGAACCUUAGCUUAGGCUACGUAACAGAAUAUAUUGUGUCCAAAGUUGAUUGAAGUUUGGGCAAAAUGAAUUUAGAAAUUUAGAAAUUUACAUUGUAUAAAUCAAUUGUAUUUUUAAAGUUAUUUUCUUAUUUUCAAUGUGCUUUUAUUCUGAUGAUAAAGGCUUUAAAUCUGUUAGUUUCUAUAAUUUUGAAGUUUAUUUAAAAUUUAUGGUAAAUAUUUCUAUAACUUGUGACUUUAUUAUCAAAAGAGAGCACUGCGGCUUACUUAAAAAUCUUUCUCACAGAAAUAUUCAUUAGCACUCAAUGAGAAUCAGAAUCAGGUUUAAUGUCCCUGGAAGAGAGUGUGGAGGUAUUAAUAGAGAUCUUUCUAGAAUCACUAGAGUCUGGGAAGGUUCUGGAGGACUGGAAAAUUGCAAAUGUCACUCCACUGUCAGGUGUGCUCCCAGUGACGCUUCCCAGCCUGCACAUGCGGGCACCUCCCAGUCUGCACCCAGCUAAUACGAUUCAUCUACAGCUCGUUCCAGACGCAUCACCUGCAGCCUAUUUUACCCCAGCUGCAAUCCACAGUCCUUGUUCUGACUCAAUCUGUUGCUCCUAGCUUUUUACCCAGCUUAAAGUUUACCUUGCUGUCUGUUGUGUUUAGUUCCUGUUCUCUCUUGUUUUGUGGCCCCCUUGUGGUUUAUAGUUUUGUGGUCUAUUAUUAAAGUUAUUGUUCACUGCUCUGCUUCUCUGCUCUUGGGUCAAGUCUCCUCUACAUCUCCAGACAUCCACUCAAUAAGAAGGGAGAGAGGCAAAAGACGGGAAAUUAUGGUACAGUUCGGCUAAAUUCAGUGGUUGGCAAGAUGUUAGAGUCCAUCAGUAAGGAUGAGGUUUUGGGGAACUUGGAGGCACAUGACAAAAUAGUCUGAAGUCAGCAUGGUUUCCUUAAAGGGAAAUCCCACCUAACAAAUCUGUUGGAAUUCUUUGAGGAAAUAAUAGGCAGGCUAGACAAAAAAGAAUCAGUGGAUAUUGUUUUACUUGAAUUUUCAGAAGGCUCUUGACUAAGUACCACACAUAAGAUGCUAAUCAUGAUAAGAACCCAUGGUAUUACAGGCAAGAUACUAGCAUUGACAGAAGAUUGGCUGGCUGGCGGAAGGCAAAGAAUGGGAAUAAAGGAGGCGUUUUCUGGUUGGUUGUUGGUGAUUAGUGAUGUCCUUCAGGGGUCAGUGUUGGAUCUGCUACUUUUCGCACUAUAUGUUAAUGAUCUGGCAGAUAGAAUCAAUUGUUUUGUGGCCAAGUUUGCUGAUGAUAUAAAGGUGGGUGGAGAUAUACUUUCUGUUGUGGAAGCAGGGAGUCUGCAGAAUUUGGACAGAUUAGGAGAAUGGGUAAAGAAGUGGCAGAUGGAAUAUAGUGUAGGGAAGUGUAUGGUCAUGCACUUUGGUAGAAGGAAUAAAAGCGUAAACUAAAAUGGAGCAAAUUGAGAGAUUGGAAGCGCAAAAAGGACUUGGGAGUACCAGUGCAGGAUUCCUUAAAGGUUAACUUGCAGGUUGAGUUGGUGGUACGGAAGGCAAAAACAAUAAUAACAUUCAUCUCCAGAGGGCUAGAGUAUAAAAUAUGAACAUAAUGUUGAGGCUUUAUAAGACACUGGUCAGACUGCAUUUGGAGUAUUGUGAGCGGUUGUGGGCCCCAUUUCUAAGAAAGGAUGUGUGGAAUUGGAGAGAGUCCAGAGGAGGUUUACUACAAUGAUCCUGGGAAUGGAAGGGUUAGUGAAUGAGGAGCAUUUGAUGGCUCUGGCCCUGUACUUGCUAGAGUUUAGAAGAAUAAGGAGGGAUCUCAUUGAAUCCUGUGGAAUAUUGAAAGACCUAGAUAGGGUGGAUGUGCAGAGGAUGUUUCCAAUAUUGGGGAAGUCUAGAACCACAGGGAACCAUCUCAGAAUAGAAGUGUGAUCCUUUAGAAAACAGAUGAAGAGGAAUUUCUUUAGUCAUGGAGUGGUGGGUAAAAUCAUGGAGUUCAUUGUCACAGAUGGCUGUGGAGGUCAAAUCAUUGGGUAUAUUUAAUAGGUAUGGAUGUCAAAGGUUAUGCGGAGAAGGUAGAAGAAUGAGGUUGAGAGGAAAAUAAAUCGGUCAUGAUAGAAUUGCAGAUCAGACUCCAUAGUCUGAAUGGCCUAAUUCUGUUCUACAUCUUAUGCUCUUAUUGUGUUAUGUCGUGAAAUUUGUUUUGUGGCAGCAGUACUGUACAAUACAUAAAACAUACUUUAAAUUGAAAUAUUUAUGUACAAAACCAUAUCAAUUGUACAUAAUAUUAGCAUGUUUUAAAAUAUCAAGUAUACUCAAGUAGUGAAGACAUAAAAAUUAAGAUCAUGGCAAUACAGGUCUAUUACCAACAUCGAACAACAGGAAUUCUGCAGAUGCUGGAAAUUCAAGCAACACACAUCAAAGUUGCUGGUGA